AGAAAAUAUUGUUUGCAAUUUAGUGCCACAGUGAUCGCCUAUCUCGGACAACAGUCUGUGUGUGCGUAACCAUGAACUUACUGGUCAGUGUUACUCUGAUAGUGCUGCUGUUGGAGAAGUUAUACUGCGCACCGAUUGUCUCUGACGAUGACAGCUCAAAAUAUAUUGAAACUGUGGAAACCGAUAGCUGGAACUAUACAUUAGGUGGGCACAUAAACUUAGGUGGUAAAGCAGGCUUCGACAAGGGACAAGUAACCCUUAGAACUGAGAAUGACAUUGGUACCGACAUCGGAGGUCAUAAAACUAAGCGUAGAAAGCAAACCCGUCCACCAACACCUUCAAAUAGUUCCGACACCCAGAAUGGCCAUAUUCCAUGGUCAUCAUAUAGCCAACCAUCUGGGCCAUAUUACAGUCCACCAAUCAAUCAAUUUUACGGUCAACCAUUCGGACAAUAUUACGGUCAACCAUAUGGGCCGCAAUUGCCUCAGACACCUUGGACAAAUUAUGGACUUCAGUACGGUCAACCAACUGGGCCGCAAUACGGACAACCAAACUUACCACAAUAUGGACAACCAAACGGACCGCAGUAUGGUCAAACAAACGGACCACAGUACGGACAACCGAAAGGACCUCAGUACGGACAACCAACUGGACCACAAUACGGACAGCAGUAUGGUCAACCAACCGGACAACAGUAUGGUCAACCAGCCGGACCACAGAAUAGUCAACCCAUCGCACCGCAAUACGGACAACCAACCGGACCGCAAUACGGACAACCAACCGGACCGCAGUACGGACAACCAACCGGACCGCAAUACGGACAACCAACCGGACCACAAUACGGACCGCAGUAUGGUCAACCAACCGGACAGCAGUAUGGCCAACCAGCCGGACCUCAGUAUGGUCAACCUACCGGACCACAGUAUAGUCAACCAACCGCACCACAAUACGGACAACCAACCGGACCGCAAUAUGGACAACCAAACGGACAUCAGUAUAGUCAACCAAACGUACCACAGUACGGACCACCACAUGAGUAUGGCCGGCCAACUGGACAGCAGUAUGGUCAACCAACCGGACCGCAAUAUGGACAACCAAACGGACCCCAGUUCGGACAACCAAACGGACUAUAUGGUCAACCUUAUCAACCAGGAGCCGGAUCUCAGAGUAGUUUGGCGUCUGCAGGACAGCCAAGCACCAAUGGCCAAGCACCGUCAGGACUGCUGAACCCUGCGACCGAGGAGCAGUUCCUGUGAUCCGACACGCUAACACACACUUGGAAGCCAUUCCAUUUUAUUUUACGUAUUUAUUUAUUUUUCUCACCAAAACAAUUAUGGGUUACAUCAAAUCAAUUAGCGUCUAUUGUAUCAAUCUUUUACAGGUGAGCACAUCAUGUACAGGUACAUAAUUGACAAAUGUAUAGAUUCUUUUUAAAAUUACAGGACAUUUUAUGCACACAGAACAAUCCUUGAAGAAAUUAUGUGAUGCAAAUAUGACUACUAAUAGCAAACAUCUCAGCGUGAACUUAUUAUUAAAAAAAAUAGUUUUUUUAACACAGUACAUAUUUCGCUUGAUAUUGAACCUUUAAAUACCGAAUAGUAUAUAUUAAUUCAUGUAUUUUAAUAAAUGAAUUAAUUUCUGAAAGUCCUGUAUUUUUUAUAUCGUUCCUUACAGUUUAGAAAAAUAAAUGUUGUGAAGAACUCCUUAACAUUUCAAGCGAGCAAAGUUGAAGUUGUGUAAAUAAGAAGCUCAUAAUAUUAAAAGGCGGUUAGACCACUGUUUUUUUGGAUAGGUACCUCCACCUAACAUUUCUGAGCAUUCAGCGCGGUUGAGAUAUCCAAGAUUAUGCAGUGCAUACCACCAUCACACCAUCCUGGCUGUUAUAGCGGAUAGGCUAGACUCUUGUUACGUCCAACACUGGGUCAGAGCCCAUGCCAUGAAAUAGAUAGUUGUUUUUAUUGUUUACAUUUUUUAUCAUUUGUUACUAACACUAGUUUUAAGUUUUUUCAUGCUGUAAUACUAACAUUCUAUGGACUUGUGGGUCUGCAAUAGAAAGUUUUUAUUUUUUUAUAAUCAAUUUUAGCUGACACCGAUACUAACUGACUUUCUGUCACCAGUGCGCGCUCAAAAGGUUUAUAUCCCUGAUUUACUGAAAUUAAAGGGAUACUGAAGAUCUGUGAAAAGAUACAUGUCUGUAUAUUUAUAGCUUUUAUUAAAUGUUAAAAAUAAACACAAUACUUAUCGCUGUAGAGGUACAGUUCAGUUAGUAAGGAUAACCUUUAGAUAAUGUUAUCGAAAUAUGCAAUUUUUACAGGAAAAUUAUUUAUUUAUUAUAUUCACCGAUCGAUAG